AUGUCCCCACGUGUAUUACAAGGCCUCGCCUCCUUGGCUUUGGGCGCUUCCCUAGUCCACGCCCAGCUAUGGGACGAAGUCAUCCAGACCACCUACGGCCCUGUCCAAGGCUUCCAAUACUUCAAUCAAUCGACUUUAGAGAAGUACUUUGGCGUCUCCGACUCCAACGUGACGGCCUUCCUGGGCGUUCCUUUCGCUGCCGACACCGGCUACCAGAACCGAUGGAAGCCACCGCAGCCACGCACCCCAUGGAAUGAAACUCUCCAUGCGACGGCCUUCGGUCCUGCUUGCCCCAGCAACUACGCCAGCGACAUCAGCGAAGAUUGCCUCAGCCUGAACUUGUGGACCAACGCCGGCUCUGCCAACGAGAAAAUGCCCGUGAUGGUCUGGAACCAAGGUAGUGACGAGACCUCUAACGAUCCCUGGUGGUACGGCGGCGGCAUGGCCCUCAAGGACGUGAUUCUGAUCACCUUCAACCGUCGUGACGAUGCGUUCGGUUACCUUGCCCAUCCCGAACUCAACGAGGAAGGCCUCAAACAGACGGGCCACAACUCGUCCGGUAACUACGGCAUUCUAGAUCAGCUCGAAGUCCUGAAGUGGGUGCAGAAGAACAUCGCCAACUUCGGUGGGGACCCGGAUCGCGUCGUCGUGGCUGGACAAUCGUUCGGCUCCUCCCAAAUCUACCACGCGGUCAACAGCCCGCUCUUCAAGGGCUACUUCCACGGCGGUAUCUCCGAAUCCGGCAUCCGCUACCCCUACGACCCUCUCCUCGCGGGCCUGGCCACCUCCUACGUGAACAUGUCCGCCGCGUUGACCCAUGGCGUGAAUUACACAACCUUCCACAAUGCAUCGACCAUCGCCGACCUGCGCACCCUCUCCAUGGAAGACCUGCUGAUCGGUUCCCAAGACCGGGUAAACAGCACCUGGAUCGACCCCAUCACCGCCCUCUCCGCCGGUUACCCACUCAUCUUCAAGCCCGUCCUCGACGGGUAUGUCCUGCCAUCCACCUACCUGGACACCCUGCGCAACGGGCCCGCCAACGACGUCCCCGUCAUCACGGGUAACACUAAGGAUGAAUCCGGCGCCUCAACAACCACCGACUACAGCGUGGCCGAGUACGAGGAAUACACCCGCCAGAAAUACGGCAAUCUGUACAAUGAGUAUAUCAAGCUGUACCCAGACAACGGCACGAACAGCACAGCCGACCGCUCCUGGAACGCCGCCGCGCGCGAUGCCUCGCUCAUUGGCUCGUGGGCCUACGCGACCGACUGGUAUGACGCCGCCUCCUCCGACUUUUACACAUACUACUGGACGCACGCUCCUCCCGGCCAGAACCAGGGCGCGUUCCACCAGUCCGAGAUCAUGUACGCGUUGAACGCGUUGUACGCGAACGUUGAUACCUACCCAUUCACCGACGAGGAUUGGGAGAUCCAGGAGCGUAUGGCGGCGUAUUGGGCGAACUUCGCCAAGACGCUGAAUCCUAAUGAGGGAGGCUCCUAUACAGGUAAUGGCACGCUGCCGGUGUGGAGGCCCAAUAGUAAGAAUGGCACGCAGUUGGUCAUGGAGCUGGGCGAUGGGUUUGGCAAUGUGCCUAUCGCGAAGAAGGAGCAGGUGCGAUUCAUGAUGAAGUGGUUCCAUGAGCAGAUUCCUUACUAAGAUGAGGUGGUGAUGAAUCAUGAUGGUACCCUCUGGCUCGGUGAUUCGUAUAUAUCUGAGGCUCCCGGUGAGCACGGCUAGCAGAAAGCCAAGUUUUCUAGCCGCUAUCUGUCAGACGACCUAUACUUACUAUACUAUGGAAAGAGAAGAAAAGAUGGAG